AUGGAGUCACAGAAGUAUGAUCAGGAGGUGGUGUUCAUAAAAAUACGAACAGCAUCUGGCGAUCCUAUACCUGAUUGGAUGAUUCAUUCGGAUGAAAGUUUGAGACAUCAGGGCAGAGUGUUUAUGCCACAAGAUGAGCCGCUUAAAGAAAAAGUUCUGAAAGAGUUCCAUCAUUCGAUGUUCAUAGUACACCCAGGAGGGACGAAAAUACAGUCAGAACUCACUAUUCAGACUUUAGAGGACAUGUUGAGAGCUUGUGUGAUGAAUUUCAAAUGGAGUUGGGAGCGACACCUUCCGUUGGUAGAGUUCACGUACAGCAACAGUUUCCAGGCCAAUGUUGGCAUGGCUCCAUUAGAAGCACUGUACAGUUGGCCCUACAGAUUACCAGUUUGUUGGACCGAAGUUAGAGAAGUGAGCCUAUGGGGCCCAAAGAUCGUGCAAGAAACUAUAGAAAAAGUGAAACUUAUCCGAUAA